UAAAAAAGUAAAAGAAUUGUUAAAAAUUAACUAAAACAUCAUGCAGGACGAUGAUGCGGAACAUCUAAAGAAUCAAUUGACAUUGGCUCGUAAUGAAAUUAAUAAAUUAAGACAACAAGUUCGCAACUUGCAACAUAAACAAAAGAAGGACAUCGAUGAUAUUGCCCGUCUGUUAAAGAAUUAUCGCUGUGAAGGAUGCCGCCAACGAGAGAACAAUCAUAAUAGCAAUGAUGAGUGCAUCUCGACAACAACAACCACCAGCACCAACAACGAUGCGUCUACGACCUUGACCAUCACAACAGAUGUACAAAAUUCGCCAACAACAAAAAUUGAACAACAGUACCCCCAAACCAAGGAAACAUUUCGUCCUAUCGGUUUGAUACGCACCUGCUUUCCGGAGAAACGUGCUGUACCACGACAAUCCAGUGUUGGCGGCCGUUUACGUGGAUUAAUUGAAUUAAAUGCCGACGUGUUUACCAAUCCCGAACACGCAUUGGAUGGCCUCGAAGAAUAUUCUCAUCUAUGGAUUAUUUAUCAUUUCCAUAAAAAUAAUUCUCAUCCAAAGGCAAAAGUUGCUCCGCCACGUUUGGGCGGUGAAAGAGUUGGUGUUUUUGCAACACGUUCCCCACAUCGUCCCUGUCCCAUUGGUCUCUCCCUAGUGGAGAUUGAAAGAGUUGAGGCUGCCUCGAUAAGUUUCUUUGGUACCGAUAUGGUUGAUGGUACUCCAGUUUUGGACAUCAAACCCUAUAUACCAUUUUAUGAUUCUCCGAUUACUGAGAGUGGUCGCCUCUCCACUGGACCUGGUGAACCAACUACAACAUCUGAUUUUUAUAAUUUUCGCCAAGAACCAGACGGCGAAGAAUCUGAAAUGGAAAUUAUGGGUGCUGCAUCUCUUGCUCAGACACCGGUAAAUUUUAGCAAUCACUAUACACCACCACCGCAAGCUGUUAAAGUACCCUCAUGGGUGACAGCUGCACAUCGUUUAAAUGUCAGCUUCAAUGACCGGGCCGAAGUCCAAUUGCAAUCUCUGCGUAUACAGAAACAGUGUAUAAUUGAUAUUUUGGAAGCAGAUCCACGCUCUGUAUAUUUGCGCACCAAAUAUAAUUCUCAAAUUUUUACAUUCCAAUUGAGUGAAGUUACGGUGACAUGUAAAUUUGAUGAUAAGAAUUCUACGGUCACAGUGUUGCAGAUACGACCCACGGAACAUUUGCAGGAUGUUAAUAAUGAUGUAACCACAAAUAAUGUCCAUGCCAGCCAUGGUUAUAAUGGUGUUGGAGGCGGAGGAGAUGAUAACAAUGAGUAG